AUGCAGCGCUUAAGAUGCCGCGCGCCGCGCUGGACUGUUUGUGGCCGUUCACCUUGGCCAUGCCGGCAGUUCGCCUCAAAGGCCGUCCUUGCGAGCAUCGCGCAAAGGGCGUCCUUACUGUCCCAGGCCGGUGGUAGGGCCGAGCUUCAGAAGCGAAGGGAUGAGGUCGAGGCGCUGCACGAGGAGGUGGUCAAGAUCAAGCCAGACGUUUUGGUGGCAGGAUUGGAGCUCCGAGAUCUUUGCCGGCUGUGUCACGUUCUUGCUGGUUCCCUGAUGCCACCGGAGGCCGGUGUCUUUAAGCUUGCUGGAGAGAAGCUACAGACACAGGCGCUGUCAGGCGACUCCGCGGAUGCAGCGGCACACUUUGCACUGGCUGCCUGUGAGGCUGGCCAGGGCCGCGAGGAAGUCGGUGAAGCCAUCGUCGAGGUGCCAGAGGGAACGGGGCAUCGCGUGACGCACGGCCCCGAUGCGUGCCGGGCCCAGGACGUGCUCGGGGCUGAAUAUGAGAUCACAAGGCUCGGGGGCGCCGCUGCCUCGGCUUUGGCCCUGGCGGCGGCGGCCGUCGGCCGGGCGAAGGCACCUCUGGUCGAGGCGCUAGUCAAACGAUGCGCUGCCCGGGAGAUGGAGCUGACGGUGCCCGCGCUGGGCGACUUGCGGCUCAUGGCGGCCCUGGCAGGGCCAGGUGUGAUCGAUAACAUCGACGGCAGCGCUUUGAGCUUUCUGCGGCUGAUGUGCAACGAAGUCCUGCUGGAUGAUCCGCGGGGCGCACCGCCGCCGAUGCUCAAGUGCGAAGAUUUCUUGUCCAGCAUGGAGCACGACAUCUCGCAGGUGUUGGAUGCGUGUGAGCUUCCCCACAGUCAGGGCACCAUAGUUGGCGGUGCCUUCUUCCCACUGUCGAGUGAUGCGAUGAAGGCGGUCUUCAGCGCCGAAGAUCCAGAUGCAGGUGCCACUUACUUCAGGAGGACGAAGCUCUCUGCCUUCCAAAGCUGGAAGUAUAGGGCGGCUGUCGCAGCGGGCUGGCGCGUGUACGCCAUCAGGGCUCCCGAUUGGCAGCGGCUGGAGGACUUGGAACAGAAGGUUCCCUUUGUGAAAGAGAUGCUGCAAGGUCCUCCAGUUGAUGUUGAGGCUUUGGACUGA